AUUUUUUCCGACGAGCGCGGAUGCUCUUAUCCUUGGAAAUAAGCUCCGGACCUCACUGCCACUUCCACCAUGCUGCUACUCCAUCGCCCCCCACGCCUCCUCCUCCUCUGCCGCCAACGGCUCUCGCUUCACUUCCCCGUCGCCGCUUUCGCCCGCCCCGGCCGCCGCCCUACCGCCCUCCGUGCGGAGCCGGAACCACAAUCGCCGCCGCCCGCUUCCGCGGCUGCGUCCCCGGACACCACCGACGACGGCGGGGAAGAAGGCCCCGUGGAGCUCCGCGCCCCGACGCUCUUCUCCGUCGAUGACAACCCGACCUCGCUGCAGGUCGCCACCAGCGUCCUCCUCACGGGCGCCAUCUCCGUAUUCCUCUUCCGCUCCCUCCGCCGCCGCGCCCGCCGCGCCAAGGAGCUCAGGGUGCGGUCCGGCGGGUUGGAGAAGCCCAAGAACCUGAGCGAGGAGGCCCUGGAGGCAUUGAGGAUGGUGAGCACCUCGCCGGUGGAGACCGAGAAGCCGCCUUCGCCCGUGCAGGCGCUUCUGGGCGGGAUCGCCGCGGGGGUCAUCGCGCUCUUCCUCUAUAAGUUCGCCACCACCAUCGAGGCUUCGCUCAACCGGCAGACCAUCUCCGACAAUUUCUCGGUUCGUCAGAUAACAGUAACGAUAAGAACGAUUAUAAAUGGAAUUUGCUACCUAGCAACUUUUGUGUUUGGAAUCAACGCGGUGGGAUUGAUACUGUAUUCCCUACAGCUUACCUUUAAUUCUAUCAUGGACGAUGAUGACUCCAGUAGCUCCCCUGUGGAGAAAAUCAGUGAGCAGUCCAACACAAUUGCUUCAUCUAGUAGCUCGACUGGUUCAACAAGUGACACGGAAUCAGACAAGAGUGACUUGCAACAGAUCUCGGACAAGAGUAAAAACUCAACGGAGUAGCUGGAUCCGGCAGUUGCAGAAGUUCAAGAGUACAUACAUCGGAUAAACCCUGUGAACAUUCAUUACUUUUCUCACCUUUAGGCUAUACUGUUAUUCUUGAGUGCAAAUAUAGGCUUAUGAGCUUUCAAUUCGGCUAGGAGUGAAAUGUGGACGUUAUUGUUGAGAUGCGUUAAAAUGUGUGCUAGCGAAAUUAUUCAUCCACCGUUUCUGAUUACCUUGUGGGCCCAAAUAUUUCGCCAGAAACUAUAGCUCCACAGGUUUUAUUAGGGAAGAAAUAGUAAUCAAACAGUGGAUUGCAAUGUA